AAGCGCUUGCAAUCCACUUGACAUUUUCUCCUCCUCGUCUCCUCACCUCUCCGCCGCCAUGUCCAUCCCCGGUAACGGGCACCUUCCCGCGUCCGAUUCCCUCCCGGACCACUCCUCCGCCUCUGACUCCGACGCCGAUCCGGAAUCCGACUACCGGCCAAUCACCGCCGCCGACUCCGACUCCGACUCCGACCCCGACUUCGACGCCGCCUUGCCCCACCACCGCAUCGAGGAGACAGGAAACGGCGUCUCCGCGCUGGAUCUCGCGUCCGACGAGGACGAAGCGGCAGAAGGCGCGGAGGAGGACGAUGGGGACGGAGACCCGAGGCCCGGGGCGGCGGCGGCGGCGCGGGCCUUCUCGGAGGACGAGCGUCGCCGCCGCGCCCCGCUGCCCGCGGGCGCCGCGGCGCGGAUCGUGGACGCGAUGCGCGGCGUCGAGUUCCCCGGCGCGCCGCCGGCGUGGGCGGGCAGCGUCCCCGAGGACCAGUGGCUCGACCGCCUCCAGUCUCUCCGUGCCGGUCGUCCCAACUGAUGUGUUGAGCAGAUCAGCAGAACACAAUGGGUCUUCUUUCGCAUCUGAUGUGAUGGCCGAUACAACAGCGUGCAAUUUGUAUGCCAACUUUGAUCUAGUUUAUUGUUAUUGUUAUCGUGACUGGAGGACUGCAGCUCAUCGGCCAUGAGGUUCAUCAUCUGUUGGAACUUUGAUCUUCUCAUCUUGACCCUCUAGGAGGGUCAUAAAGUAUAUGUUUGCAAGCUCAAGACUUUCAGACAAGUUAUAUCUUCUUAUUCUUUAGUAUAAAUGAUGUUCUUGAUGGUAUCUCAGAUGCCAAUGUGUCGUAAAAUGCGACCGCAAGCAUCUGUUAUCUUUGCUGAAAUGAGGGUACUAGCCCAGUGGGGCAAGGUAAAGACUAAAGAGUGAACUGGAUGGCGCUUAAGCAUUUCACCUUCCGUGUCAUCGUGUUCUUAGUUUAUUUGUGGUAUACUAUUAUAUGUUUUUUUGCCAAAA